AUGAAGGCUACGGAUACUGUAGCUGUCUUAAGAUUUCUAAAUUUAGCUUGUAUUACAGAACAUCCCAACCGCGUUGAGCAAGUUCCCGUAAAAGCAUCAGACCACCGCCCCUCAGCUUUCUACCCUGAACAAGUACGAGGAUAUCAUCCAACAGCAGUGGACAAGGCCGCAGGGGCAAAAGUAGAUCAGGCGUCUCGUGCGGCUGCCAAGGCCUACAUUGCUGCUCGGGAGAAGGAGGGCACUUUUGUUCGCAGGUAUUUCGUAGCUCCUGAUGCGCUGAUUUCUGAUUCGAGGGCCUCGAAGAAAAGUGCAAGUGCCAUGGUGAAAAAGAGCAAAGUUGACAGUGAUGCGAUGGAGAAAAUUCCAGAUGACUUAGACUCCGCACCUGAAGAUGGUUUUGAUGACGACGACGAAAGUGGGAAGAUAGAAAAACGAGCAUGGAGCAGGAAAAAGUGCGAUCUUAACUGCGUCAAAGACACCGUGAUGUGCUCCAAUAAGACCCAAGCGGAACAAAAAACCCACGUCAAAUGCGGAUAUAAUCCAAACCUUAAAUACACCUCCGUCAAGCGCUCCAGUUUUACCAUAUGCACCGCCCCCUAUCGACUGAAACUCUCCUGCUCCCGCAAUAAGAAAUGUUUCUACACCAGGGGGUGUUACGGUCUGUUUGACGUUGAAUACUGCUAUCACACGUGUGACUUCGCCUAUUACAGUAAAAAGUGACAAGGACUUUUUUUCCAAAAUGAAAGUGUUAUUGCAAGGGAAUAGAAAUCUUAAACUCAUUUUGGACAAUGGAUUGUGAAAUAAUGUUGACCGCGUGGAAAAAUGUUAUCUGUACAUGUAUUACAAAUGUACAGACACCCUUUCACACACAGAGUCAAGCACCGGGUACAGUUUUGAUAUUGCACGUCAAAAACUUUGUCCUUGUAAUGAUUUUGGAUUAGUAAUUUCUUUAAAAAAUAUGGUAUACCUGUACUUAAUAAAUAUUUUUUCUUCAAAUGCCAUAGCAAUAAAUACUUAUCACUUGAA